AUGGAGGUCCUCUAUACCCCGGAGAACUAUAUUCUCCUGAGUGGUGAACACAGUUUAUGGUGCAGUCGCGAGACUGGUUCAUUAACGCCUAGAAGAGUUUGUUCCUUGGCUGAACUGACGGAUCCGCAAUGUAUUGGCAUCGUAUACGGAAUCGUGGGGAAGUUCCAACCGACACCAGAUUCCGCCUCGUAUCUGGUCGUGAUACGGAACGCGUCGAUCGUUGGAGUUCUCCCGGACCAGACUGAUGUUUUCAAGAUCAACAGAGUCGUACUCUUACCCUUGACGAAAGAUAGCCCUCCUGUUGCAUUCGGCGAGCUCGAUCUUUGUCGCAAGCACCACAUGGGCUUAUGCCCGGAACCGAGUCCGGAGAGAAGCACUCCGGCGGGCAUUCCCCAAAGGGGAGGGAUACAGAAAACGUGGAACUCAUUGAAAACCGCGACUUCCAGUUUACAGCCUAGCGGUCGACGGCCUCACAAUGUGGGCAACCUCAAGGAGAAAUACGAGCAGAGGCUAUCAGACGAGCUGAUAAAGAUGUUCGAUGGAACAGAUUCCUUCUACUUCUCCACGAAGGGCGACUUGACAAAUUCUCUCCAACGGAAAGAGCGUAUGAAGAAACACAGGAAAGACUCAGACUCUGCGAAUACUGAUCGGGCGCCGCCGUGGGAGACCUACGAUGAAAGGUUCUUCUGGAACUCGGCAAUGAUCGCCGAGAUCUUAUCGCAUCCGAAACUCGAAGAAGUUCUACCGUGGGUAACACCUGUGAUACAAGGCUUCGUUCAAAUAGACCGUCUCGCCAUACAGGACGACAAUACUCAAGAUGUCACGCUAACUCAGGACAACGGCACCUGGGUAGAAUGCAACCCACCUGCCCCGGCGCGUCUCUUCAACAUGAUCUUGAUAUCUCGGAGGAGUCGUCAUCGAGCGGGAACGCGGUACAAGAGACGAGGCGUCGACGAAGAGGGUCGAUGCGCGAAUUUCGUCGAAACCGAGCAAAUCUUCCAGUUUGAGCCUCACGUGGUAUCCUUCGUCAUGGUUAGGGGCUCCGUCCCGGUAUUCUGGUCGCAACCUGGGAUAAAAUAUCGACCGCCACCCCAACUCGACAGAGGGGAGAAUGAGACCGCAGAAGCUUUCAAGAAACAUUUCGACCAGCAGCUCGAGCUUUAUGGGAAGCAGACGAUUGUUUCGCUCGUUGAGAAAACUGGUAAAGAGGGAGUGAUCUCCCGGGCAUACUUGGAACACAUACUUCGAUUGGACAAUCCCUUGCUUAGUUACGUCACCUUCGAUUUCCAUGAAUACUGCAGAGGAAUGCAUUUUGAGAACGUCGCCGUAUUGAUCGCCAAUUUGAAGGAAUCGCCACUGAAAGAUUCUUGGACGUAUCUGUGGCUCGACGGUCAUGGAGUGGUUUGCGAACAGACCUCGGUGUUCCGCGUGAAUUGCAUUGACUGCUUGGAUCGGACAAACGUCGUACAAACCGCUAUCGCUCGCGAGAUGAUGGAAACUCAAUUCUUGAGAUUGGGCCUCAUGUCUCCCGAAUCCAGUCUUCCGCUUUCCGUUCGACGGGCGUUCCAGAUCGCUUGGGCGAACAACGGUGACAUAAUCUCGAGACAAUACGCUGGAACCGCUGCCCUGAAGGGAGACUAUACUCGCACCGGUAGUCGGAAACUCUCAGGUUUGAUGAAAGACGGGUACAAUUCAGCCAACAGGUAUUAUUUGAAUCGUUUCCGAGACGCCUACCGGCAAUCAGUGAUUGACCUCAUGCUCGGCAAUCCUGUGGAGAAGGAAGACAUGGCCGUAUCACCGGAGCAGGGAGUGCUCAGGAAUUCCAUUCCCCAGGUCGAGACCCUGCUCGAGGGAUACCAGCACGAACAUGUCAAGCAACUCAUUGAAGAUUGUAAAAAAAUGCUCGUCCCAGACGAUGAGGUUUGCCUUGGCGGAUGGGCCCUCAUCGACGCCGACCCAUCUACCGGGGACGCCCAGCAGCAAGAUAUGGACACCAUUCUAUUGUUGACAAGAGAUUCGUACUAUGUAGCGGAAUAUGACGAUCUGACGGAUCGGAUAACUCGGUUCCAAAAGGUACUGCUGGAGGAUCUCGAGAAAAUGGAGCUGGGGCCGGAGCCCUCACUCUUCAAGAGUCGACAUCACUGCCUUCGUCUACAUUAUCUCGUCGGCGGUCAGGGCGGAUACUUCCACAUGUUCAGAUGUGCUUCGACCCGUCUUUUCAACAAUGUCGCCGUGCCUAUAGCUUCGGAGGAAGAGGCUGUGGAAUCCUUGAGAGCGAUAUGCGAGAGCUUGAAGGUGGCUCUUUCCGUGAGGAGCUUCAACGUUCCAUUGUAUGAGGGGAAACUCGAGCGACGCCGCAGUAAAAUGGCUUUUCAACAUACCGCUUCCCAAAGUUCUUCUGGAGGAGGUCGGACCGGUCACAUACCUCAACUCGAUCUCCCAUCGUCGCUUCCCAGGAAUAUUUCGGAAGGUCAACUGAUGAACUUCAUGGGCCAGGUGAGCUCGCGAGCGAUCAACUCGGUUUCAUCUCAACUUUCGAGACUGAAUCCCAUGAGAAGAGGUUCGACAGCUCCAAGAGACCAGGGGAAUCGCGGCGCUUUCGGCGGGAGUUCUCAAGCGAUUCUCAUGACGGUGGCCGAGCAGGCAGGCGAAGACAGAGUCAGCCCAGAACCGGCGACCACGCCGUCGACUCAGGUACCGACAGCAGAGAUUCUGAAUUCGAAUUCGACGAGAAACGGACAGACAUUGAUUCCGUUUUUCGUUUCCCCCAGCUCCCGAUCCUUCUCGGAUUUAGAGCGGACCACAGCAUCGACCGAUGAUCUCACACCGCGUGAUCGAGUCAAACCUCCGACGUCCAUCUCCAUAGAUCGGACUCUAAGCUCGGAUCAGUCCGAGGAAUCAGAUCUGAUCGGAGCCCCGUUCGAGGAACUCAGUCAAAUGACAGAUGACGGUUUGCUUGAAAGCUGCGGAAUACUGGCAUCGAGCUUCAAGGACGAGAUCGAACAGACUGCCCUUAGACGCAAGCUCUCGCAGACGUCGAGCGGCAGCUCCGGGACUAUCGGAUCAUCUCGCACGCUCAAGGAAGCCGUGAUCGAUGACUUCGUCAUUGAUGCGAUGAGAAAGACAUCGCUGCAACAGCUGAAGAGAAGGCACCGCAUGAGCUUGAACGCAUCUAAAGAAGCCCUCUGUAUGAUGCCGGCGAUUCAAAUCGAAGCUGUGAGCCAAACACAACACAGUAAUGCAGGUCAAAAUCGAUCCUUCUCUCGCUCAUCCGAGACAUUGAACCAAAUGAAUGCCAGUCUGAUUGUUCUUGCAGAUCGCUGCAUGAAAACAUCGCAUUCCGAAAGUGCUAUAUCUCCGACUCCCUUGUCCCCGCUGAGGUCCCCGUCGUCGGCUCCACUGGUGAUGAAGAAAGAUCUCGUUCUCUCUCCUCUCUCAAAGAUAGCUAAGGGGGUUCAGCAGCUCGGCCAAAGCGUGCUAAUGACCAAAGGGCAUACAAGAUCUCCGAUAAUGGAGGUCAACUCAGAAGAAGCUGCGAAUCUGGCAGAGAGGAAAGCAGCGUGUAGGAGUGUCAUCAUUGAUAUUUGA